AUGAGAUUCCGGGCUCAUUUGGCCAAUGUCGCGACGUUCACCAAGUUAAUCGAUUCAGUAAACAAGCUUGCACGUAGGGCCGUCUUCACCUUCACUCCAGAGGAGAUCAGGCUGGUUUCGACUGGGGAUGACGAGGAUGGCUUGCGGCUCCACGGGGCCAUCAAAGUCGUCGAUCUAUUUGGCUCUAACUAUCACGUCGAGUCAAAUCAUCACAACAUCAUCCCGCUCGAAUUCUCUACUCAAGCACUCGCAAGCGCCGUUCGUCAGACUUCGAGUUCUCCCACUGAGAUCGUCUUUCGAUUAGGACGCCUGGGGAGGACACCAUACUUGAGCUUGACAGCUAAAACGGUUGGACGAAGUGGUACAGAAUACCAAGUCGAGCAGCGAGUGGCCGUGAGGGUCGUGAAGCCUGAGGAGGCUGAGCUCCUUCCAAAACCAUGCUCUCCCACUCCUGAUGUCUUCCUCUGCCUCCCAAAAAUCAGCGAUAUCUGUAAAGUUGCCGAACGAUUGAAGAGCCUCUCAGAUCUCAUCACAGUCUCUGCUAGCCGUAACGGCGGAUUUCGACUAGGGAUCAGUACCGAACACGCUCGAGUUGAAACUGAAUGGCGAGGCUUGACCCCCUUCCACAAUCGGUUCAGUCAAGCAACACAAGAUUCACAAGGGACACUAAGGUCAACGUCCGCAUUUUUUGAGGCUACUGUCAAGUCUCGGGCAUUUUUAAGAUUUCUGCAUGCCCAUAUCGGCGAUGUCUCACUGGCAUCCAUUUGCGAAGGCUAUUGUCUUACUUUGUUCAAUUAUAUCGGCGAUACUUCCCAGUUGAUUGAAACCGAGAAUGACGAAAGAACGUCGGGUUCACUAUUUGCCGUGUUGUCCAUUGUGAACGAAGAUGGGGAUACCUAG